GUGAGUGCCGCGGAGAGGAGAGGAGCGUUUUUGUGCGGUCUCGGGCGCGGCACCGCAAGUACAAUAAGAAGUUACAGCAAAUAUUGCUGUCUGUGCUACAGUCCGUGCGUUUGAAUCUGCUCGAAAUCGUAUAGCCAAAAGGUUUUAUUCGCGUCCGUGUGUGCAUAGUCUUUAUUUUUUUUUAGCGGCAAAAGGUAACGUAAUUAUUUAAAAUGUUGGCUAUAGUGGCGCAAUAAAAAUAAUCGGUGUUUAUUUUUCAUCGUAGUUGCGGAGAGAAGAAACUUAUUGGUUUUUGAUAUGGCUUCGCCUCGAAUGGAAACAGAUUCAACGCCGAUUUGCCGUUGCCGAGUUCUUUACUUGGGUUCUGCAGUGCCGCACGUCACGAAAGACGGUCUACAGGGUAUCCAAGAACCACUGAGAGAGCUGUAUCCAGAACAAGGGGCCCUAGGUGCAAGAGGUAUCGACUCGUGGCUCAGUGUUUGGAGCAAUGGAUUGUUACUUGAAAACGUCGACGAAAACCACAAAAAGGUCACAAGAUUUUUCCCUAUAGACACGCUUCAUUACUGUGCCGCUGUACGGUAUGUUCUUGUUCCAGAAAAAGCUUUGGCAUCAACGUCGUCAAUACCUUCCAGCCCAGCCGUUCCUCGGUUUCUUCCCCUGGAUUCACCUUUCGCUCGCAAUCCCAACCCCUGCCACCCUCCGCUUUUCUCAGCCAUCCUCCGACGCACCACAGGGAUUAAAGUUCUGGAAUGUCACGCUUUUAUCUGCAAGCGGGAAAUGGCUGCAAACGCCCUGGUGAGGUGCUGUUUCCAUGCGUACGCCGACUCCUCGUACGCGCGGCACGUGGACGGCGCAGCGAGUGCAAGCGUGUAUGGCACGUUGAGAAGCCAGCGAGACGUCAUUGACGGCCCUGCCACUUCGCCCCAGACGCCCUUCGUCAGCAUCGAAAAAGUGGAAGGAUGGCGUCGCUGCGGCAGCGGUGGCAGCCUGCUGACACUGAACAAUGCCGCGCACAAUCACAACGGGACCUUGACUUCGAACGCAACGUCUGUGUCAGCUGGUGAUGACAUUUCAGUUUACAACGGCGAUGAGAACCACAAAGUUUGGGCGGGAUCUGGGGUGAAAUCUUCGACGUUGGACAACGAAGACACGUACGGAAUUGGAAGUGGUAUCAGCAGCACCAUGCGCAGUGGUCGUUCCACGCGGCCCCGUCAAGUAAUGUCACCGGUCAGUUCGCCACCUCCUCCACCACCUUCGACGUCCAAAGACGACGCAAAAGCACUUAAGAAGGCCCACAAAGAACAAAUUCUAAGGAAGAAAAUGGCUGGUGGCAGCCGCGAAAACAUGUAUCGCGAAAACAUGUAUCGCGAAAACAUGUAUCCCAUGAUGGAUGGAACACUCAUAAGAGGUUCGACAGCUACUAUGAACGGUAUACGCCCAUCUAGCUCUCUGGGCGGGACUCUGGUCAAAGGUGGUGUAAUGCCUUAUCAUUACAGCAAUAACGGGAUGAUAAUAAGGUCUUCUUCAACGUUGCAGCUAAAUGGCUACAAUCAUCCGCCUGCAUCACCGGUUAUUUUAAUGCAGCAUCCAAAUGCAACACUUCCACACCCAGCUUCAAAUCGCCCAUCGCAAAAGAAAAUGGUUUCUGGGACUUUUUCUCAUCGUAAAAAUUGCGGAGGUGGCGUCGUUUUAUCAAGUAGGCCUGUACUUAUUCCCCCGCGAGGACCACCACCAAAUUCUCACACAAUGCUUGCGCCCAUGCCCGUUGGGAAAAUGCCCGCCAAACACCAGGUAACCCUAGAAGAACCCAUCUACAUGCCUUCGGCAAGACCUUUGAGUCCUGUGGCUUCAUUCCAGCCUGGACAUUUUCCACAUGAAGCCUACCUUAUGCAGCAGUAUGCUUCCACAAUGGAUGUAAAGCCGAAGAAAAAGCCACCUAAAGCUGUCAACAAACCCAGUUCCAAGAAAGGAACUGUAGUGAAUGGUGUCGACGGGGAAAAUACACAAGCACCUCCAAUUAUAAUCGUUGACGAGUCACCGUUCAACACGGGUAUCUAUCGAAAGAAAGGACACCUUAAUGAAAGAGCAUUUUCAUAUUCAAUUCGCCAAGAACAUCGGUCGAGAUCGUACGGAUCUUUAGCGAAUCUGAAGUUUGCAUCACCACUGCCAAACGGCGAAGCGCCAUUAGAAGCAAGCAAGGAAGAUUUCAAGAAGGAACGUGAAAUUAUGCAAAUAAUGCAAGAUUUGGACUUGUCUGGAGAUGAAUUGGAGAGGUCUGAAGUUCCAGCAGGAAUGUACGAAAGUCGCAGGAAUGUUGCUCCCGUCGCAAAGCGAUAAACAGUUGAGCUGCUGUCCGCAGACCUCGUGUCUACGCCAUGUGUCUCUCAGCCUGUGGUCGCUCUGCAGACUGCCGUUGGAAUUCUUGUGAUUCCUAUGCUCUGGAACUGUAUUACAACCUGCACAUUAUGAUACAUUUGCAUCAUGAAACACAUAACAAGCAUCUGCAUAUGUUACAUUUUAUGUUAAGAACAAUUUAACAUUUUAAACUGCAAACAUUCCCAAUAAGUGUGUGUAUGUUAUGAUAAUGGAGUUAUAAUUUUUAUAAAACCAAGAUUGUAGUGAAUAAUUUUUAUCACUCUAUGAAAGGAAAGGUAGUUAUGUAUGUUGUAUUAUGUUGUUGACAUUUAGGCAUGAGUUGCAAGAAUAGCUUGUUACUAAUGAGAUCAAACUAAAAAACAAAAGUUGUUAGUAAAUAAUAUUUCAGUGUAGUGAAGUAGACGUUAUGGCACUUGGGUUUUGUAACAUUUUACAGACUUUAUUUAACGUGCUUUAAAAAGCAUCACAUAUCUAGACUGUUGUCCCAAAGAAUUAAAUAUCUUUUCUUUUACAUAGAAAUAUUCUUAAAUGAUGGAUGUUGUAUAUAGCAUUAAAACAUCAACAUGUAAACUUGUUCCUGUCGUGAUCAAAAACUUCCAUGGCCAGUCACCAUAUAUUUCUGGGCUUCUGGGUUGAGGCACAUCUAUAGAGCAUUAUUUGUAGUUGGGUCGUGCAGAAAAACAUUUUUGGAAGCCUCAUUAAAAUAUUUUUUCAGCUCGUAGCUUUCUGCCGCAUGCCAAAAUUAAUAUUGACGAGAGCCGAGUGACUUGCAUCCAUCCACCAAUGGCGUGAAAACUAUAAAAUCGUAGACUUGGCUAAUUUUCAUAAGGCAUUAUCAUAUGUAACUACUAUGCUUAGCUCGCUCCCAACUUAAUUACGCAUAGGUGCACCAAACGUCAUCAUUCAUAGUAACGAGCAAUAAAUUUUUUCAAAGACGGUAUUCAAUGGUGUGUAGAACAUCACAAGUUUGCAGUGCGUCAGCUCUGUCCGUGACAAUGGCAUUGACCGGACGUGGGGAAAUGUGUGCAGUUGAGCCUCGACCUGGGAGUUGAGAAACAUGUGUUGUUCCUGUGCGAGGCAGGGUCAGCAUGGAGAGCAGGAGACUGUAGCCGUGUAGCCGUGCCGAGGCGCCUACAAGACAACGAGCCCGAUCGGUGACGAAGACAACAUCCCAGUGCGGAAGCCAGCACCUGAAAAAUUCUCAACCUGUUUGGAGCCUGGAGUUUAACUGGAGACCUCAACGAUGGGAAGUGACAAUAGUCACACUGAAAACUUAUUUUUAUGUUACACACUUAUUCCUCGGCUAAAACCGGAAAUUAUAGUUGUGACUUUGGACUCAGGCUGGUAUUCACUGUCAUGUAGCUGAAAAUUUUACCAAACUGUAACACAGAUGUGAUUGGUAAAUUAAAAACAUGGGUGUUAACAUUAUGUAAUGCGAGUAAAAAUGUUUCUCGACAAAAAUAAUUACAUUCUAAUUUAAGUUGCACCAUGGCAGUGCUUAUUGAAUUUAAGUAUUAAAUAUGUAAAAUCAUUUAACACACUGGUAUUAUCAACAAAAUUUACAUAAUUGCAUAUUUUCAUUGACUCCUAAAUAGUGAUAGUAACAUUAUCAACAGUUUUGAAUGCCGUGUCAGGUUCCUUGUGGUUAAAAAAAAAAAUUGUUUUAUUGGUAUAGACAGUUUAUCAAAAUUGUUGUUUAAAAAGUAUUUUCAAGGUGCAUGCUAUCAAAGCCAAAAAAAUUACAUAAAAGUGUUUACUACAAUUUUAAAAUAUUUAAGCGAGUCUUUUCCUAAUUUCUAAAAUUUUUUGAGUGAAAUUCAUUGUUGCAGCUUCUGGGGUUUGAAAUUUUUAAGCUAACAAUAUUUUAGAUGAGUUUACAACAUACCUCGAGAAGAGUAGAGUUCAGAGCCCAGGGAAACACGUGCAAAUUGUUCUGCGUGCACUGAAACACGCCACAUACAAACAGGAGCUCUUACUACACGGUGUCAUGCAGAUGGAGAUACCAGUGACCGUACAGGGGCAGCCGGCAGAAGGGUGGGCGUCAGCAGCUGACGGGGCUGUCACCAGUGGGAGCCCCAGUGCCGGAUCACAGCGACUGAACACCAUCAGGACCACGGGAGGGACUGCGGAGGAGCUGGUACGCACUCAGCCGACCUGGAGUUCAAACAGGGAUGGCACCCAGAAGACUGCAAGCAGGGCUACAACUGGGUGGAGGGGGGGGGGGGGGGCAUACACCCCGGGCGCAAAGCUGUGGGGGCGCCGAAAUCGCUUGCAUUGUAAUUCCUACUACAACUGGUAACUGGUAAAAAGUUUUUUAACUUGCAUGCCAGGAAUGUCUAAUCUGAUUUACAAUAUAACGUCUCAACACAUUGAAUGAACAAGUCUAGUGAUUAUACGGACUACUUUAUGGACAUAGUGGGUUCAUGCAUGGAAGGUACAGUUGCACAGAAACUGUUACAUAUAGGUAUGGAAAAUGCUUAAAUAGCACCAUGUUUCCGUGGCUUUAUUGGUGUGGUAUGUGCAAAAAAAAUAGGGCACAUGAAUCCAUUCAUGCCCCGGGUGCCAGAGACCCUAGUUGCGGCCCUGGCUGCAAGACUGCGUGUGGCAAUCUUAAAGGGGGAAGUGUCGUAUAGGACGUAUGGUGUGGAGAGGGUGGCAGGCCUGCCGUUGAAGCUGUGUCAAGAUGGCGGCUUGUAGGUCACUCGAGCGUGUGUGUUGUGAUCGGUUUUGGGAGUGGUAAGACAGGAGGUUAGCGAGCGGGGGAAGUAGUAACAGCAGGCUGGAAGUUGUGUAGGGACGAUACAAUACUCUCUUUUAUUGUUCAGAUGAAUCUGUAGUUGAAAUUUCUGCUGCCAGUGGAAAUAUAUCCUUUUUACUUUUCAGAAGUAAUGAGUUUGAAAGCAAUUUCAAUAAUUUGUGGCAGAAAUCAUUGUAUCAUGAACACUUAUAGGCUGAUUCACUUAUGUUAAUAGAAGUCAAAAAUCAAAAUAAUUUGUGUUGUUAUUUUCCAAAUAAAUAACCUUAUUUUACGAAGCAAAAUCAUAAUUUUAAAUAGAAAAAUUAUCUCCGAACUAUCACUACCUGCACCACACCCAGCUAGCUCCGUUAUGUUGUUACGCUCGGCUCAUGACGUGUUUACUUGCUCAAUGUUGCCAAAUAUUUGAUUUUUGAGUCUGAUCAUAGCCAAAAUUAACUGCAGUAUCAGUCAUGGUUAUAGUAUAGUAUCUAUAAAAAAAAAUCUUUGUAGUUUUUAUACUGGAAGUCAUCACACACACAUCACUAACAGAAAAUAAAAAUAGAAGCUUCAGAAGUUGUGCUUCAUCCAGAUGGAUCAGGAUAAAAUUUUUAACGCAUUAUUUACUCAUAUGGCUUCACUUAAAAUUUUUUGCUUUUGUUGCAUGCCACGGGAGGGCUAUAUAACCUAACAUCAUCUAUCAUUAUAGAUGUGACUGAACUUUAUUUCACUAAAAUGGUAAAAAAUUAAUGAUUACCAAACCUUGCCAAAAACAUGUUACACUUCACUCCAAGACCAAGUAAAGUUGAAACCUUCGGUUAACAUAAGCCACGCGUGUGUUUCAUUCCCACUAUCUGUUCGGGCUACUUGUAGUGAUAAAAAAAAUUAAUUAUUGUUGAUAAUAUGUUCCUUGGAAAUGUUUUCAAAUUAUUAUAGCAUAUUUAAUCAUACAUGUAUGUUUUCACAUAUGAACAAUUAAUGGAAUUACAGUAAAACUUUAAUUAACCAUCACUUCUUUAACUGUCAGUUUCUGUUAUCUUUCAUCGUCUAAAAUAAUGUGUAUCAACAAACCAACAGACAUUUUUCCAUACAUUUCUACUCUUAUAUGUUAUUUAAGUUUAAAUUAAUCAUUUUGUAAAAUUAAUUACAACAUGACAGUUAAUAAAAUUUUUACCAUAUUACUAAAAAAUAUCAUUAUCAGAUAAACCUAAAAAUUGAUGCAAAAGGUUUUGAUACCAACAAACCUAUUUUUGGUACAGUUUCAUUUUGUACACCAAUAAAUGUUUUUUGCACACAUUGUUUCACAGAUGUAGGAUUUUAUUUAACACACCUGGAUGCCAUAAUUUUUACAGCACAGUCCCAAGCCAUUUUAUUUCUAACUGAUUCUCUUAAUGCUCGUUAUGAAAGAUAUUUGAUUCUAUUGUCUUCUAAUUUUUUGACGUGAUAAUGUCUUACAAAUCGAUGAACGCCGGCUGCACGCACGAAAAAGUGUCACGUUCCGCCUGAGCCGAGCGUGCAAGAACCGGCCUACCACCGUGCGAGAAAAUCUUCUAUAAUAUCAAACAGGUUAAGGUGGGCUUUUUAACUAAUUGUUUGUAAUUAUAUUUAAACAAAUUAUUUAUAUUAAAUUUGCAAAAACUGUAAAUAAUAUUUGAAAAUUAAAAAGUAAGUAAUUUUUCAUCAAUGUUUUCUUAUGACGUUAUCACGUGAAAUUAUCGUCCGUAAACCAACUUUACAGACAACCCUCUUUUUUUUCAUACAACUGUGCACUCUUCGUGAACUGGCCGGGUGACAACGGAGACAAUAUAUGUACACUAAAGAAGACUCAAUAUAUAUUAUCUUGAAACACUGCAGAACUACAGUCUUUUGACCCUUUUUUCACAAUUGGCAGUCUGGCCUCAAAAAUUUUAAUUUUUACAUGUAACUUUUCUUCUAUGGCUAAUUUAUCUUAAGAAAUUUUGUUAUUUUCCUGAGAAAUUAUACCAAAUUUAGUUUUAUAAACGCUAUCAACAAAUUAUGGUGAAAUCAUUUCAUUAUAUGAGGCAAUGAAAUCCUUCAAAGUUUUUCUAAUUUAAAAUCAUGAAAAAUCAAUUGAAAUCUAAAGAUAUUAACCAUCACUUUAAAUUACAUGUUUAGUACAAUCUUAUUCUUCCAUUUGCCAUUAAUGUCCGUAUUUUUCAUAGAAACCUAGCCAAAAAGGAAAGAUAUUAGCAGAAAGAUACUAAGAGUUGUGAUUAUCGUUUCUUUUUUACCACUUUACGGCAGCAUACAUGAAUAGAUUGGGCUGUUGCUAGGAAAUUAACUGCACUGCCUUCGUGGAGCAACCAUUGUAAACUUAUUAGGAGCAUGACAUCACUUUCAAGGGGAACAGGCGUAUUUUACGACGUUUGUGUCGCAGCCAAGGAUAUUCGUUCUCGGUGGUGGACAAAGGAAUUUUUUUUUUGUGGAGUGUGGGGGGGUAUUAAAAAAUAAUUGGCUAAAAAAAUUCAAAUUUAACACAUGUAUUCAUAAAAACUCACAUACAAUUGACACUAACUCACGGACACAUGGGCCUACAGGGGUAGCCGAAGGCUAGUGGCUUCUCACACAGGAACUUACCGUCUUCACUGAUAUUACACAAAUGUUUUUAUAACUUCUGGGGGAUGGGGGGGGGGAUAUUUCAUCCCCUCUUCCUCCCUCCUCCUCCUGUGUCCUCUAGUGUUCGUUGUUAUAUCUCUAGUUUUUGCCACGCUUGAGUCUGUGUGCUUUGUUUAUUUAUAUUGACACAACAUUUCAGUAGAUUUAAAAUGAAAGCAAAUUCUCGUCUCGUGCAUAGGUACAAAGGUCUGCUUUUAACUUGCAAACUAUACUCAAACUCUUCUUUGGGUGAGUGGAGACUUUUCAAACAAGUGGUGUUGUGAAGAUUUUGGUUUGGAGGAGCCAAAUCUUGUUUGAAGACAUACAUUUUAUGCUACAUGCACAGGCAGGUGCACUUUAGUUUGUGCGUGUGCACACACACGUACUAAAACAAACAGGGUUUGCAGGAUUUUCCCAAUAUGGUACCUUCACACGAACAUACUCACACAUACACAAAUAAAUGUUUUGCAUAAUGUUUACCAAUAUGAUAUAGUAUUACAGUAUCAAUCUUUAGAAUAAUAAUAAAAAUGCUUUUUAAUGUGUUCUACAACAGACCUAUUUGUUGCAAAAGCAUCAUGAAAAUGAAAAAAAGUAUUGAACUAAAAACAUUAUUUAAUAAAUAUAUAUUAUUAUAUAAACACUACUGUUUUAAAACAUUUCUUCUGACUUCUGUAAAUAGCAUUUAUAAAAACUGUUUUAAGUUUUGAUGGAAACUGGUGAGAGUCAUGUCAGCUAGAUGUCUGUCGCUAUGAAUCAGAGUCCAACAAGACCCAAAAGACAAUGCAAACCAUUGCAAUAUUGACAUUGGGGGGGAGGGGGAAGCAUUUUUAAGCCAUGCAAAACCCAGAUACACAACAUCACAAAAGACUGGUACACCACUUGAGAAACUUGCAAGUUACUGCAUUUCACGUCACAUGUUAACAUUAGCAAAUUCUCUAUUUACUACACUAGUGUAAUAUAUAAAAAGGAAUUAUGUGAAAGGCAAGUAGGAAGUAGUUAACUUAACAAUAUUCAUAGAGGUGAAAAGAGAUGCAUAUGAAUGAAGUUUCAAAACUGAGAGCUCUUAUUUAUGUAAGAAUGAAAAUCUUUAAAUGAUAUUUAUUUUUUUACUACAAGUAUUUCAAUUAGUGUGGACUUAAAAUUGUAACACCUGGAUGAAUUUUAUAGUUAAUAAUGUUUAUGUUGCUCAUUGUUUUUACUCAAAAACAGAAUAUUUGUUCACGUGACAUUUUAUGGAACAACUUAAAUUUGUAUCAAUAUGUUUUUGAAUAUUUCUGCCCAUAAUCAUGUGUGUAAUUACAUAGAGGUUAUUAUUUAAAGUGAAGUAUACGUAAAAAUAUUUACGUUCUUUUUUUAGCGAUAUGCCAAAUGAUAAUGAAAAUGUCAGAUGACAACUUUAAUAUUAAAACUAUUUUUAAUUUUUUAACACACUUUGUAGGUUUUAUUUUAAUUUAUUUUAAGAAACAUUAUGUAAGACUGUUUUUUAUCAUAAUUGUACCUCAGCAUCAUAUUACUUCAGCAUCAUAGACUUUGAUUCAAAUAACAAUAAAAUCCCUACAAAUAAUGCUUUAAUUUUUUUGUAACACAUGCAUUACAAGAACUAGUUAUCAAAUGAAAGAUUGUAAAAAUUUGGAAAAUUUGUUAUAAAAUCUAGAAAAACCAUGGUCUUUAUUAUUACUCAUAAAGUUCCCGUGCUGAGUGGCUAAGAAUACCUGUAUUUUUAUAGAGUAUGGGUGUGAUGUGUUUUAUUUAAUACAUAGAACAAUGUAAAUGUGUUAAUUUUCCCUUGGUACUCAUCGGCUUAACAGAUAUGUUGUACAUUUAUCUGUAAGCUCCUGAACUUAGUUUAAUAUCAAACUUAUUUGUAUUUAAAACUGAAAGUGCAAAUGCCAUUCUUAGUAACGUGAAGUGACAACAAUGAAUUUCACUCAGUAAAUUUUGGCAUCAAGAAAAUAUACAGUAAAAAUCAUCUGGCCUAUGACAGUGUUACAUUUUAGUUGCUGGCAUAAAAAUUGAAAAUGAAUUUCAAAAUAACACAUUUGCAAACCGUUUACACCAGAAAAAUUGAUUGAUUUUUCUCUGCAAAGAACUAUUUAUAUUGUUUUCUCAUCUGAGGUGUGCUUUUUAUAAACUUUCUUAUUGCUCCAUGUACAAUAUUAUAUUUUCACACUGCAAAGUUUUGUACCGGUAUGCACUCAGCCCAGAGUCAAGAUAUCUGUGCAUGUGCAUAUUCACAUAUUCAGGAUAACUGCAUCUGCUAGUGGCUUGCAGUUGUUAGGAGCAUCACAAUCUCCAAAAGUUUACAAUAUUCAGGCUAAGAUAGUGUCAUUUUUGUUUGUUCUAAUAAAUGCCUUUACAUGUUUUUUUAGGUGUAUUCAAUAGCUUGUGGGAAAUUAUUUUGGGGGUAUAAUUUUUCAUCUCAUAUUAUAAAAUGUGAACACCCAUGUUUUGAAUUCACAAGCUGCUGGUUUGCAAAGGGAAGAGUUGGAAGUUAACAAUUUAUCUGACGUGUCUGCGCAUGCGUCAAUGUCCAUUUGCAUGUAAUUGCAGCUGCUCUUACUUUUGAUUUACGUAUCUGUUUAUUUGAUUUAUAUCUUUAUCUAUGUCAGUGUAUUGUGUGCCCUACUUAUUUUGAAAAAAAUUAUAUCAUUUCAUUUUAUUGGAAAACUCAUGCUGGUAAAAUUUUGUAAACUUAUAACAGUUAACUAGUGUGAGUCUGAGUACUGUACAGUGAAAGCAAAGUUAAAUUCCAAGUUUAAUUCUUGCUUUCUUCCAGUCUGAAAACUGAAAUUCACAUUUAUAAGUAAAGGUUCCUCAGUGCAUUGAUAGCUAAGGUGUCAUGUUACGCUUAUAUGGCAAGGGUCAUGGGAUUGAUCCCAAAUCUUGGUAUGACUCAAAUUUAUGUGGAUAAUGUCAGUGCCCUUUUACUUUGUAGCCCAUACUUAACUUGGAGGAACAUCACCCUAAACUCUGUGCAUAGCUUUGUGAUGAAUAGCCCUAGAAAAAAUAUUCAAGUCAAGUGCAAUGUGACCAAACAGAAAUUUUUCGUACAUUUUCUUCCCCUGAACUUAAAAUCCAACUAAAAUUUAUAUAAAUAAAUCUAACUGAGAACUGAACUAAUGAUUUCCAAUUCUUCACGUAAAUGAGUUUUCAACUAGAGAUCUCGGUGGCAGAAUAUUGGUUUUAAUGGACUUUUUUUCUUUUCGGUCAUUAAAUUUAGUUGUUUUUUCACAGUUAUUGUCACAAUUAUGGUGUUUUUCUGAGAUAUAACCUACCUUCUUGCAGUAAGUAUAAUCUUAAAACACAAAUUCAUUCCAACAGAAGAAUAAAAAGUAAUUCAUUUCAUAUCACAAACUGAGUUAACACAAGAGGUAAAAAAAUUCUCAUAUAACGAUUUGUAUGUUUGUUCAUAACAACUACUGGCAAACAUAGGCAGGAGUUUGUGUUUCAGUUCAUGUAUCAAAUAAAAAUGCAGAAUUCUUAUACUUUAAUAAUUCUUAAUAUCUUAAUUUCCAUGCACUCAUUUUUACUGUGGUUGCACUAUUAUUUACUUAGCCAUUUUCAUUUUUGUUCUGUUUUGUUUUAAGUUUUCAAGACAGAUGGAACUAAAAACUCAACUGAACUUAAAAUGUGUGUAUUCAGUUUUGAGUUCUUUUUCAGUUUUUAGAUUGGAGGUAAGCAAGUCUUUACAAUGUGUAGAAGACCAUCCAUUGUUCAUAUAUAGAAACUAUGCUUUUGUAAGACUAUUAAAAAUGCAUUUAUGUUAAUUUUUAAAUAUUUUUGUGUGUAUAUUUAAUUUGCUAGCUUCAUUUGUGUUCACAAACUUUUUAAAACUCUAUCAUUGGUCAUUGUUGGUAUCAUGUAUAUAAGGGUGGACAAGAUAAUCAUACCUCUGUUGAACAAACUCAAUUUAUCUACUGUUAUUACGUACUUUCAAUUUGAAACACUGGAUUCAUUUUGUGAAAAAUUUUAACAAUUUUGUUACGGCGAUAAGAUUUUAUCCUAAUGUAUGGGUGCCUUGAACUUUCAUUUCACAAAUUGUAUUUAACCUCUAACAUAAAUAAAACAAUUUUGGUGUGGACUUUGUAAAAAUAUUUGAUUUUUUUUUAAUACCUAUUAGAUAACUUAAAUUUUGCUUCUUAAUUGUUUAUUUUAUCCAUUUUUGUAUAUCUUAUCUUUUAUGAUUAAAAAAAAUUAUAAAGAAAGUAUAUUUGAUGCUGUGAAAUUUUCUUUGUUUAUAUACUACAUCUCUACUAUUAUUAUGUUUGUAUUUGUGGCUGUAUUUUCUAGAAUUUUCUUUUCUUACAAUUUUGUUUCAUUUCAUUUUACUGUCACUAUUUUUUCUUUUAAAAUUUUUCAAUCAUUUGAAUGUUAUGAAUAGCAAAUAAAUGCAAUAUGUAACCUACUUAACUAUUGUAAUAAGUAAUACCUGUUGAGGAAUGUACUAUUUACAUAGUGGCAUUUCAUUUCAACCAUUUGUAUUGGUAUUUCUUCCAAAUAUUUGUGUGCAUUGGUUAUGAAUUUAGAGUUUGAGAAUGAUUUUUGAUGGCAGUAAUUAUAACUCCCAAUUAUUCUUAAUUUAACAUUAGAUGUGUUAAAAAUUUCAGGGAUUAUAUAACAUUAUUAGUUUUAAGUAUAUCAAACAUAAAUUUAACUGCUGUUUUACCUUAAACUACUGGUGGAAAUAGUGUCUCUUUACUUAACUAGGUACACUACUUACUUAUUUGCAACUAAAAUUUUAUAUUUCCUUUCAUUCACAAAAUGAAAUAUUAAUAUACCUACUAAGUUUGUGUUUAUCUUCGUGUUUACAGUAUUUUUUUUAUAUUUUAUUUUUUAAAUUAUAACUUGUAAAGGUCAAGUAAAUGUGAAUGUUGCCACAAUUAAGUGGGUUUCUGUGGGAAGGCAGUCGAAUCUUUCGAUUGUCAGCUCUAUUCCAUUGUUGUGGAUCCUGGGGUACUAUUUUUCAAUGUUCAGUCGUACAAGUGGUAUUAUCUCGACCAUAACACAGUUUUGGUAUGCUGGAACCAUGUGAGAUGCAUUGUGUGCGACUAAAGCGUUCAUAAAGGAAGUUGAAUAGUCCGCACACUUCGGGUUGGCCAUCUCGCGUACGAAAUUGAGAGAAACGAUGUUGAAUAAGGGAGAUAUUUAAAAUAAAUAGGUAGAAAUAACAUAAAUACAUUCUAGAGUCAUUCAAAACUGACAAUUACUUAAACUAUUCUUCUUGAAUAUUAAUUCUGCUAGGAAUGUUAUUUACUUCCUGAGAACAAUAAUAUGUGAUUUGCAAGUAUAACCCUAUCUUGUUUAUUGUAUUUAUGUUCUUAUGGCCUAAAAAAUCCUGUUCUGUAAUGAACAAGUUAUUUUUAGCUAAUAACCAGCAUCAUCGCUCACACAAUUUCAGGGUAUUUCUGAUAUUUUAAGAUUGUAAGAAAAGUAUGUGUUAAAUUCCAAACAUUUUUACUAAAGAAAUAGAUACAAUAAAUUUUCAGGUGCAUAAAAGAUUUGAUUCAUAACAAAAUUGUUUUAGAAUGAUACUAUAGAAAGUGGUUGUGCGUAAGCCUUUUUAAUUUUUCGCAUAGAUUAUCUGAUUUUAUUUCCCAUUUUAGUAUGUUCGAGGAUAGAUUUUACCUUGACAAAAUCUCACAUACUUUUCAUUUCAUGAGAUAGUCUAUUUAAAAAAAAAUAAGAAACAUCUAUUUCAUUUUAAUUAAGAUUAUGCUAACAUAUUUUCAUUUUCAUUUUUUUGGUUAAUAGCUAUGCUUAAAAUAAUUAAAUAAUUUCACCAUAUUACAGUCACCUAGGUACUUCAUUUUAAGAUUUAAAAAAAAAAUCAACAUUUCAGUGUCUGGCAUCAUUUUGUUUGCUAUAAAAAUAUCAGGUAACAUAUUUGCAUGGUGGUAACAAAUCACAACUCUACAUAUGGGUGCAAGACUUUAAGCCCGUUGCAAUGUUAGUUUCCAUUUGAAGUAGAAGGCUACACAGUGAGUUUUAAGAAUAUUUCCGGAAAGAUUUCCAAUUGUUCAAUUUAACACAGCCAACUAUGCAAACACACUAUUGCCCAAAUACUUUUGAUUUUAUUGUGUACUAUUAAAAAAUAAUAUUGUUUUUAUUUUUUAUUGCUUGUAUGAAGCAUUAGUUUAAUUAUUAGUACCUGUGCACAUAAAAUAUGGCCUACUGGAAUAACGAAAUGUUGUUUAAAAUCUCGUAUAUUUGAAUCAUAUUUUAUUUCGCAGAAUGCCACCUUGUUAUUAACAUAAUUUUCGCAGCAAGAGUGAAAAAUUUUGAGAAUGCUAGAGAGUUGGUGGCCAAAGAUUUACCAUUAAAAUUACCUUCCAAAUGAUGUGGUAUCAUCUAAAUACGAUUUUUUUUGUUCGGGGUAUUUUCUUUUCUGUUUAUUUUCGUCGUCUUUUUAUUUUUUUAUUUUUUUUAUGUGUAAAUGAUAGGUCUUCACCUUUAUAACGACAAUCAAGUCACUCCUGAGCCACUGACUUUUUAACUCUUUCAGACAAUCCUUCAUUUUAUAUCUUAUAAAAUUUUUUGAGUAUAUUUUUAAUUUUAAGAAGAGAUAAUUUAAAUUUAGCCAGUAUCAAACAUAAAUGAAAUAUUUACAUAGAUUUUCUGCUUUUAAAAUAAAAAAAAUCAUUAAAAUUUAUUUAAUUGCUUAUAAUAAGUUAUUGUAAAUGAUAUGUAUUGUAAAUAAUAUUUUAAGUGUAGGUGGAUUUGUUGUGUAUUGUAAUGAAAAUUGUUAUAUCCUAUAAGAACAUAUAGUUAUGUGUUUAGGUCCCUUAGUAAAAAGACAUCAAAAAAUAUACCUAGUAAUCCGACUAUGUAAUUAAAAUUAAUCUUUGUUGCACACUGAGAACCAAGUUCAUUUCCACUCAAAGAGAAUGGUGGACAGUGCUACAUAAGUAACAGAUUACAGGCUCUUUGGGGGAAAAAACCCUUCUGUAUAUUUUUACCAACCAUUUCAAUCAUUAUCAUUACUUAUUUGAAUGCAGUGUGCUUGUUGAGAAGCAUGUUUAAACAUCACUGGCAGUGCCAUUAUUCCUUCAUGAGUUGUCAAUAGCUAGCAUUACAGUAAAGGAAAAAACUUUCAAAACUGUAUCCUGUAACAUUUGUUUUCGUGCCAUCUUUUAGAGAGGCUGCUUCACCAUUCAGAUAACGAUGUAAUAUAUGUAUUUAAAACAGUUUCCAUAUGUAGCCAAUGAACAGUUUUAUAAUUACUUGAUGAGACUGUUAACUUUAAUUUUAAGCUUCAUUUGAAUUCUCUGUGAAUGUACAUUAAAUUAUGCAUGUUAUAUUUUACACAAAGAGUAAAAAAAAAUAUGUAUUUUAAUUGUACAGUGUAAUAUUUUCAUAACAUUUAACAUUGUUUCAGAAUCUUACAGAUCAUUAUUAUAAUACUAUUAACGUACAUAUUCUAAACUGGAAUCCAGUUAAUAUUGUUAAGAAAUUUUGAAAAUUAUUAUUUGAACAUUUUCAUGCAGCUGUAUCUGUACAUCCAGAACUGUAUACUGUGAGUAAUUAAUGUAUUUUAAUAACUUGUUUUAUAUAUUUGUGAAUAAGUAAAACAAUUUAAUCAAAACAAUAUCUAGUAAUAAUUAUUAUUUGAUAUUUUCCAGAAGCAAUUUGUACAGAAGUUACACAUCAUAAAAAACUUUCUGAAUCUGACUUUUCCUUAAAUGUGUAAAACAUGAAACACUUGUUAUAAUCCAGUAAAUUUAGGGUUUGUUAAGCAACUAAUUCAUAAUAAGCUGUUUAUGUCAAGUAAAACAAAACUUAAAUUUCUUCAAUUUCUUGUGUCAGCUUCUAUCCAAAAAUGUGAAUGAUAGAUUAUUGCUAAGCACUUUUUGCCUUGUUCAAUGUUUUUACCCAUAUCAAAGUCAAAAAAUUAAUAUUUUUUACUUCUGAAAAAUCCUGUGUACUCUACAUAAAUCCUGUUUUGAUGUAUUCCUAGGUUUAUCCCAAUGAAAAAAUUAUAAAUCAGCUGUAGGUAUAUUAUUUAUUUUUAAUCAAAUUACCAAAAUUUUUCUUGUUCUUCACCUGUUUGCCUCAUAACUUUGAAACCAUUGAUUAAUCGUAGAAGUGAUCUGAAUGUUUCUUGUAGUCCAGGUGGUGAUUAUUAUUAUUUUUAAAGAAACUUUUGAAAAUAUCUGAAAAAUGGCUGAGAGAUGUUUAUAAAAAGAUUGUGAUAAAAAAGAAAACUAAAACAAAUGUUUUAGCUUAUUUAUUACAAGGCAUGAUGCAAUAUUACAGUAAUACUUGUAUCAAUAAAAAUAAAAACAAAAAUAUAAGUAUGCCACUCAUUUGACAUCAUAAUCAUUAACAACAUUGUCUUCAAAUCCACUGGUAGGAGCUGAAUUAGUACGUCUCUCAUAAGAAAGAGGUACAAAACCUAGAACAAUCAGGGUGUCUACAGGUCCCGAAAGUCCCGAAAGUCACGAAAUUGAGGGAUUGGUCACGAAAGUCACAAAAAAGUCGGGAAAUUAAUGUAAAAAGUGUAAAAAGUCACGAAAUUUUAAUAAAACUGACUUUUUUAAAAAAUUGUUUUUGUUUAUGUCUCGUAAGGACAGACAAAUUUAAUGUACAGGUCUACCAACUAUACAUUGUAUUUGUAGUAGCAUUUAUGUGGGGUAAUACCGUUGGGUAAUACUCAGAAAGUGACUUUUUGCUGUUGGUUAACAUGAACAAUUUCAAUUGGCUCUUGGACUUUCUUGGCUGUUCCACUUAGUGCGCUGGUCUUUGCUGUUACAAGAUGGCAUAGUACACGGCUGUUCAUCCGUGUGGGAAAUAUUAAACACAUAAUUGAUCAUCUCCGUGUACUAGAAAGCUGUAUUUUUAACUGUGAUACUAAAAUACUUUUAACGAGCGAAGUUAGGUUUUUCGUUUGUAAAGUAAGCCAGAACUAAGCGUGUACAACUAUUCGAAACAGCAUAUGCACAAACAAAGCAGUUUUCCGUUCGUGUUAAUAAACUUCAGUGAUGUGCCAGUGCGGUAUUUGGCUUUAUGACUAAACUUGAGACAUAUCACAAAAACAAUCUGUGUAUUUUAGUGCUGUAGGUGUUACAAAUCAAAUCACGACGAAUAAUUUAUUAUGAAAGGAUGUACAUACGACGUUAUGAUUAACACAUUUGGCCUCUGCUUUAUUAUUAUUGUUGCUGGCAGAAAUUACAAUCUGGCUAGGUAAGUUACGUUUGUUGACAUUAUUAACGUUUAUUUAUUCUUUAUUAUGGUAAUUAUUUAUGCGAAAGUGGAAGCAAGCGUUUAAACUCCGUGAGUUUUAAAUUUGUAAACAAACAUAUUUUUUUAUUUAACGAAACGUGACGUGACCAUACAUCAACCAAUGACAUAAUUUUCAGAGUUAUACCCCUUUUAUUUCAGUUUUGCACAUAAAAUUUCCCUUGUAUUUCACAAAUGAAUAUUUAGUGAUAUUUCAGUAUUUAUAAUUAUGUAUAGGCCUAUAUGCAUGUGUGUGUGCUACGAAAAUAUAUUUUCUCUCUUUCAUCAUACACAUUUAGGAUAAUUAAAUCUAUUUUAUUAAGACAUUUUCUAUAAUAUAAACACAAGUAAAUUCCCGCCAAAUUAGCAUUAAUCAAGCAUUAGUAUUGAAAAUGUCUUGCAGAUUGUGUGUAUUAUGAAAUGUCUCGUGGGUGUUUCUGUGUGUAGUGGAUAAAUUGUGAUUAUAAAAAUGCCAGGUAAAUGUAGUUUUCGAGACAGCUGGUAUGAACUGCCAUAUGCAGGCACCUGGAAGUUGUGGCUGAGACGUGAUGAAACUGAUACGAAUAGAGCAUUUUGCUGCAUCUGCAGAACAAACUUAGAUAUUGGUCAUGGAGGUGUCAACUCGGCUAAGACACAUGAAAAGGGUAAACGUCAUCUUCAGUUAGUGAAUGACUUGAGUUCAGGCAAACAAUCCCUAAUAACUAGUAGGGAUAAGCUUAAGUCAAAUGUUUGUAGUGAUGUGACAGAUACUAGGCCUAAACCUUCAUGUUGUGGGAUUGAUGCAUCUGAUUCAAAUGUAAU